CCUGUAACAUGAGUUCAGAAGAAUUCAAUAACGAAAUCAUACUCUCAAAGCAUGCAAAAAUAUACCACUAGGGCAAAUUCAUAGUUUCUGCCUUUUUUGUGUUCUGUUACUGUAACAGCCACAGGGAAAGAGGUUUUCAAGGAGAAGAAAUGAAUGGGACAGCCAUUGAAAAUUUUGUCUGUGUCAUUUUUAAUGUGUCCUUCAUGAACUGCACGUGGCAUGUGGGCAGGACUGCUACAAGAGAUACCCAGUAUUUUCUGUACUGGAGGCUCUCAGAGAAAGAAGAUGUCACAGGGUGUCAGGAUUACAUCAAAGAUAACUGGGGAAGGAACACAGGAUGUCGAUUCCAAAAUGUGACAAUAGCAUAUAAGUAUGCUUAUUUCCUGGUAAAUGGAUCUAGAAGUGGACAAAACAUUCAGUCAUAUGAGAAGAAGAUUAUGCUAUACCAAAUUGAAAAACUCACCCCUCCAUUAAAUGUCACUGUGAACUGUAGAGAAGCUUCUCAUACCUGCAAUAUUCAGUGGCAACCACCUCACACAAGUCAUGUGAAAAGAAGCAGUUGUUUCAAAUAUGAAAUUCUCAUAGAAAACAAGGCUGAUCCUGAGAAAAACUUCAACACCACAUCUAAAACACACUCCUACCUGUACGAGAACUUCCGCGCAGAAAAAAGGUACAGCGUCAAAAUCAGAGCAACUGACACAGGCAUUUGUUUGGUGAGCCCAAGUUGGGGAGAGUGGAGUACACCUGUGGAGUUUGGCAUGAAUGGGUCAGCCAUUGAAAAUUUCUCCUGUGUGAUUUAUAACAUUUGCCUCAUGAACUGCACUUGGCAGGCAGGAAGGGGUGCUCCAGCAGAUACACAGUAUUUUCUCUACUGGCAGAACUCAAGAGAUGAUGGGGAGAUGGAAUGUGAGCUUUACAUUAAAGACGAAAAUGGCAGAAACAUGGGAUGUAGAUUCCAAAACGUGAGGAUAGAGAUUGAAAAAGCUUACUUCCUGGUUAAUGGAUCUAGCAAAGACUCCCUGAUCCAGUUCUAUGAUGAGUACAUUGAACUGUAUAAAACUGAAAAGCUCAUGCCUCCAUCAAAUAUCACUGUCAACUGUGAUGAAAAUAAAAAUGAUUGCAUAAUUCAAUGGCAACGACCCCAAAUAAGUCACUCUAACAAAGACAAGUGUUUUAAAUAUGAAAUCAACAUAAAGUAUAAGGAUAAUCCUGAAGGAAAGCCCAAAUAUGCUUUUAAACAAGAAGGGGGAAAUAGUCACACAUUUCCAAGAUCCAACACAAGAAAGAAAUAUCUCUUGAAAAUGAGAACAGCUGGCAGUGCCUGCCUUGUGAACCCAGCCUGGGGGGAAUGGAGUGCACCUCUUGAGUUUGGAAAUGAGGAAAUUAUUUCUUCUUCAGUGCGGAUUUUACUUGUUAUAGCAUUUGUAACACCAUUAGUGGCAAUCAUUGCAAUUUUGUUCUUCAAAAGGACUGGCUGUUGGAAAGCAGCAUUUCCACAUAUCCCAGGGCCAAAACCUGCUUUAUUUGGACUGCCUGAUACAAAUCCAGAGCUGAUGGAGAGCAAAAUUCGGUCAACAACAUCUGCAAAUGAAGACAUAAUAGUAGUUGCUGACAUAGUAAGAUAACCAAGAAAAAGAAGAGUCUAAAAUUGCAUUUCUUAGGCAACUGUAUAGUCCUAUAGAAAGUCUGGAAUAAUAUAUAUAGGCUUUCUUCACUUUUUUUUUCUUGUAGAAAACAGUGAUGCAGCCAUGAGAGAAUGAUACUUCACAUGCAACCUUUUUAAAUGCCAUUGUAUUUGCUUUUAAUUUUGGCUAACUUUAAUUGUUUGAGUAAGUUGUCCUUAUUGGAUAUCUUCCAUUUUGUGAAUAUGAAAAAUAAUUGAUUUAUCUCAUAUUAAAAGCAUUAAGAAUAAAAUUUAAAAAAAAUUCUGGUGCCUGAAUGCCAUUGUUCUACUGUCAAAAACAGCCCAAUUCACACCUGAAGUUUCCUGGGAGCUCUUAAAUUAUGGGCAACAGGAAAAAUGCGAACACAAACUGAGACACUGAGCAGUGGCCUGCAAUCAAUGGGAUUCUCAAGGAACAGGAAUAUGUCUAAAACCCUA